AAAGGAGGGCAGCAGUUCACCUUAAAUGCCCUUGGCGGUUCAGUGAGGACAACACGCUCCCUGAAUGAAGAAGAAGAAGAAGAAGAAGAAGGGUACACUGAGAAAUGCACGAGACGACAACUCACUGGUCGGUAUUUGACAACCUCCAGAACUCGGUGACCUCAAACCUCGGGUCCUCAACUCGUCGUGUAACCUUUACGCCACUGACCUCCGUGUACUGACAUACUAAACGAGAGCGUACAGCAGCAUCACAGGGAGAGAUGACGGAGUGAAGUUUAUGUUGGUAACAUGUCGAAACACUUGAAGCGAACCGACUCAAAACAAGACGAAGAUACGGAAACGUAGGAGCUUUACGGUAAGUUUGAGUUUCAGCUUAGAGCUUCAGCCUGCCUGUUUCAUACUGUUUGUUUUAUUCAGUGUUAAAGACGUUUUGUCGUCUACAAAACUGAAACCUGUUAAGUUGUUUUAAACCGCUGUCUAUGGUUUUGCAUAAGUAGAGUAUCUAUUACAACAUACAUUAAUGCGCCUGGGAAAUCUGCUUUAACCUUAACAGCUCCACCACCUACGGUACUUUAAGGAGGCUUUUCUACUUAUCCCGUUUUUAACAUGAACAAUCAUGUGAUUAUUGGGCUUUAAAUUCAUUAUGCAAGGGUGGUGGUGUGAACUGGAGUGUGUUUAAGGUGAUUAUGUCCACUACAUUAAAGCCCCUGUUAAGAGUUGUUGUUGGCUAUGGAUGGAGUAGAUUGAAAUUAAAACUCGUACCUCUAUAUGAGCGACUGAAGUGAGUAAAUUACCAGUUGAUGUUCUCAAAAAAGGCUGUUUUCCUUCAAUAGCUUCCAUAUCAGGUGACCAAUUGACCUAGAAUUGAUUUCAAACAAUAGUCCUUAUGUCAACCAAGAAGACACACCUCUUUAUUUCCCUGAUUUGCCCUCUCAAAAAAAAAUCUGUUAAAUUUAAAGGCAAAUUUUGAAUAUUUUCUUCAAUAGCUUUCAUGUCAUGUGACCGAAAGACCUAAAAUUGAUUUCAAACAAUAGUCCUUAUGUCAACCAAGAAGACACACCUCUUAAUUUCCCUAAUUUGUCCUCUUAAAAAAAAAAAAGUGUGUUAAAUUAAAGGCAAAUUUUGAAUAUUUUCUUCAAUAGCUUCCAUGUCAUGUGACCGAAAGACCUAAAAUUGAUUUCAAACAAUAGUCCUUAUGUCAACCAAGAAGACACACCUCUUAAUUUCCCUAAUUUGUCCUCUAAAAAAAUUUGUGUUAAAUUAAAGGCAAAUUUUGAAUAUUUUCUUCAAUAGCUUCCAUGUCAUGUGACGGAAAGACCUAAAAUUGAUUUCAAAUAAUAGUACUAAGGUCGACCAAUGAGACAAACAUUAUUUGAUCCAUUUCCAUGGUGCCCCUGAAGUUCUUUAUGUGCUCCUUACUUUUUCAACUUAGCACAUGUGCUCCUUGUGAGAAAAGUUAGUGUCAAGCCCUGCCAUCUCAGUCCCACUAAGGCGGGAUGGCUGUCAAUUUUCCAUGACAAAAUCUCAUUUUGAGUCACAUGUUAGACAUAAAAGAUACUGUAAACUAACUCAUACUUAGUCAGAAAAUGCUACUUACACAGCGUACAGGACAAGAUUAGCAGAGAUAUGUCGUUCCUCCUUGUCCAUAGGAAGCCAGAGUUGAUACAACUUGAUAUUUCCUCACAGUAGCUCGAACAGACGUAAAGUACAUCUCUACAUCUUUGACAGUUAAUAUAAAGAACUUGUUACCAUCUCAGUAAAACCUGAAAAUGCCAAACCUCUGUGAAAGUAGAAUUUGCAGUAGAGCUGUUGUAUCAGGUUGCAGAUUUCCCAGGUGUUUACGAAGUGGGGCUGCUCUGUUCAGUGUACGUUACUGUCUUCGGCUGACGCUCUAGGCUAGUUUGGGGAAUUUCAGAGCAGGUGAAGGGUUAAGUCUUAAAUCAGUGCUCAGCAACAUGACAUGCUCUGCGACGACUGUGAUUGUUCAUGUGUUCUCAUAGGCUGGUAAUGGUGCUAACCGUUCUUAAAGCUUCAUGCAGCUGUAUUCUACGUUUUAACUCUGGACCUUUGAUUAUCUCUUCAUUGUAGACACUCCUAACAUCACCUUCAGCCGGUUGGGAAGCCUGACAGCAAGAGGUCACUAUGUUGAGCAGGGUAGCCUUGAGCAGAGGCAUCACAGCCCACAGACUCAGUAAGAAUAUCACUUUGUACAUGAAUGAGCCAGCACCUCCAGUCCCGGGAUGUCAGACCCGAGCCCCUGAAGACCACAAACCUCUUAUGCUUAUGUUACCGUGGCUGGGAUCUCGUCCUCACGCUUUGGCUAAGUACUGUGACAUCUACUUCAAAACCGGAUUUGAUGUGCUGGUAGUGCAGAGUGAGGUAAGGGUAUCAUAUAUCAGCAACUGAGAAAUUCUCGUUUAGCAACUUGUCAAAGAAACAAGCUGCUGCUAAGCAACAUACAAACUUCUCCCAGUGUUUGUGCUUCUUUGUGUCAGCCUAUAGAUUACGAAAUACACUAACUUUGUAUUAUGUACGUGUAUCUGAUGUUUGUGUGAUCUCCCAAAUACAUGAUGGACUCAGAUUAAACAUAUUCUUGGGUUGAUUGAAGUCAUGCCAACUGCAGCUUUAUCUGAUCUAUAUCAUAUAGCAUAAUCAGUAUGCUUAAAAAAAAACACUCAAUAUGUCUCAAAACUCGUAUUUUAUGGAAAUUUAAUGUUUCCGAAGUAUCAGUAUGCGUUCCACACAAGUUGUGUUCCUCUGUGUGUUAGCAAACAUACUUUAUUUUUGACUUAUUUGACCCAGACCUCAGUGAGGACAAGAAUGUCUUGUUCUGUUUGAACUGCAUGCGUAAUAUGUACUUUGUGAGGAAAGCUGAACGUCACUGUUUGAAUGUAGCUUGUGAGCUUCCUAUUGUGUGAUUGGUCCACUCUGGGUUUACGGUUAGAUUGUUUGUUCAAGCUGCUCUCCGGAGCAGAUAACAGGACACCUCUUAAUAGUAAAGAGGUUAUUUAAACUCAGUCUGCAUAGAACCAAACUUUGAUUUUUAUGUUUUUAUGACUGCUGGAAGUGCGUAUAGAAAAUGUUUUAGGGGUCAAGUGUGAUUUCCUGCAUAUCCUUAAUUCCACUUUUUAAUGUUAAAAAGUUAUGUUAUAAUUAUUAAUAUAACUCGCUAACACUGAUUUUCUUGUCUUAUUGAAAGGAAUACAAAGCUGGGGGAUUUAUGAUAGGUGUAUGGCAUGUUGAAAAAUUGAAAAUGUGAUGCAACACAUCUUUUUUUUUUAUUUUUUGAUGUUUAUUCUUUAUUUCUUGAAGUAAAUUAAGUCAACUUCAUUGAAUGUUUGUAAUAUUCUGUGCUUAUAGGUUCUUGUAUGCUUUAUAACAGGCAAAGGAGUUCCUGUGGCCCCGCUGGGGUCUGGAGCACGGGAAGAAGUUGCUUGAUUUGCUCCACAGUGAACGCUUUGUGUCCCGCCCACUGCUAGUCCAUGCCUUCUCGAUUGGUGGCUACACAUUUUCCCAGCUGCUCGUAAAUGUAUCAGAGAACAUGCAAAAAUACCAGCCACUUAAUCAAAGGAUCAAAGGUCAAAUUUAUGACAGUUUGGUGGUGGGCUCUGUGGAGAGGAUGGCUGUAGGUCAGUUCAUUUUGAAUAUUACAUUGAUGUUUUGAUUUUUUUUAACAUCAGUAGGCAUGAUUUGGUGUGUUUUCUCUCUCCUUCACAGGUCUUGGCAAAACUCUGUUCCCGUUUAUGGAGGGUGUGGUAAGAAGAGUGAGCUUGUUGUACUUCGGCACAUUUAAACGCCAAACAGUGGACUACUUUAACGCAGGGAUAGAUGCUUUUUGGAACACACCAAUCACCGCCCCUGCGCUGUUCUUUUUUUGUGAGAAUGAUGUGUUGAGUGACCCAGAAGUUGUGGAGGACUUGAUCGAUCACCUGCGAAAGCGCGGUAUAGUUGUGACUGCAAAAAAGUGGAAGGAUUCAACGCAUGCAGGUCACCUGAAAAUGCACCCAGAGGAAUAUCUAUCCACCCUCAACAUGUUUCUAGAGUCACUCCACAUCGCUCCGCUGAAGGCCAAAUUAUAAGAUGGUUUUAGUGCCUUAUUUGCUUGAAUUUUUGUCUGAUAAAAAAUGUUUAACAUGUUUUGUGUUACUGUAGCAGCACUAUUAACUCUGUGAAAGUGCAUCAAAUGGAUGUUCUGAUUACACUUAAGUACAGUGGGUGAAAUAACCAUGCAGACAACUAACAAAAUACCAAAGAUUAACACUUUCUUAUGGCUUACCAACACACAUUUAAAAUAAAAGUAUUUCACAAGUUUCAUAAGUGUGCAAAAGACUUUGGAUUCAAUGAUGUAGCAAAAUAAAAUACUUGGUUGUAUCUGUUCUCUUUGGAUGAAAAUACUGAUCUUCUCAACAUCACAGAAAGUGCUCCUAUGUGCUCCACUCCACCUCCGUAGUACUUAAUUCUGAGCUCUAACUUUAUCAGUGUAAAGAUUCAGUUUUACAUUUUCUUGGUUGACAGUGUAGACCAUGUUCACGCAGUGCUAUUUAUGUCUGGUCAGAGAGAAGAAUCACUUUAAAAGUACACAGUCGUGUAUAUUUUGUGAAUGUUGAGGUACGGUGCCUUAAUUCUGAUGUCAUGACUUGAAGUGAACCACUGCUGCAUUGUUGAAGUUGCUAAUUCAAGUUGGUCUGUUUACAUUUCUUGAAUAACCACUGCUCUUUUUUUCAUAAUCUGACAUCAUAUGAUAAUUUUACCACACAAACAAGCAAACCCCUCUUCAAUCUUAAUUUGUGUUGUAUAAAGUAUGCAAAUCUUCCUUAACUGUCCUCAUUAUCUAAUGUAUAUUUAUUAUGCUACAGAUGUUGUGUGUGAACCUUCUGGUACCUUGAAAUAGUAACAUGAUAUACCUCUCUCCCUCCCCUUAUUUGCCACUUGUUAGACCAGUUUUUUUGCAAACUUCCUAAUGCCUUCUCAAACAAAGCAGCAGAUAAGGUCCAACUUAUUAAACUACUUGGCUUUUGAAACUUAACUUGAACAUUUUAUACAUUUAUGGAUGCAGUUAAGUGUCAUGCUUUGUUUUUUAGUGAUGUUCUCGAGUGUUUCUAGAAAUAAACUUUAACGUAUCUUGAG